AUGAAUGAAACAUCUGAAGAUAGUAAUUCGCAAACAUCAUUUAUAUCAAAAUUAUGGCAAAAAUCACGAGAACGUUGUAGUAUUAUACAAUUGGAGCAAUAUGUUAAUGAUGAUGGUUCUAUAACUAAACAAGGAUGGGAAUUAAUGCAUAAAUCAACAUCAAAUUCAAAACGUUUAAAAGUAAUAAGUGAUAUGACUUCUAUAAUACGUGAUAAACGAUUACAAGUUAGCACAUUAGAGGGUAUAUGGCAUACAACAAAUGAUAUGUUAGAUGAUGACUAUACAUAUAAUGGAUAUAUUAAAUUUCUUAUUGAAAUGACAUUUUCGCAAAGUGAAACAUUAGGUAUUGGAUUAAGACAUUCUUUUUUUUUGGCAAUUCGUGAAAUUGGUAUAAAUGAUUUAACAAUAGAAUGGUUAGGAGCAUUAUUAAAUAAUGCAAAAUCAUUAGAACCAUUUGAAAAAGAUAUUGGUCCAUUGUUAGCUGAUUGGAUGACAAAAGAAUAUAAAGUUAAAUCAAAUGAUAAACGAUUAAUAGCAUUAAUGGAUAUUGUAGGAAGAUUAGUAAGAGAAAAUUCAGCACAUCUUAAAAUUGAACAAUUGGUAAGAAUUAUAAGUAUUUGUGAAAAUGUUAUUAAAAAAAAUAAAAAACUUGUUAUGCCUUUUGCUAUUAGUGUAUUAACUUCUGUUGUUAAAUUUUAUGCUUUACCAGAUGAAAUAGUGCCUGAUUUUGUUUAUAUGUUAUGUAUUAUUAUAAAUAAUGAUGAAACAUAUGAAGAUGCGUGGAAACUUUCACGUUUAGCAUUAACAUCAGUUAAUAGUUAUGUUGUAGUAAAAUAUUUAGAAGCUUUAAUUAAUAAAUCAAAAUAUAUGUCAAUGAAUGAUUCAAAAGAAAAAUUAUUAGCAAUUAAAGGAGCAGCAAUUAUACUUUCAAAUGCAAGUUGGGGUCACAAAUUUAUAAAUGCUCAUGUUAGAAUUACACUUUCAUCAAUAUUAGAAAGUUUUACUUAUGCCAUAAAAUUGGGACCAUUUGUUGGAGUUACAAUUAUUCAAACUGUUAUGCGUUUAGUUGAAAAGUAUUUUUUAAAUCUUAAUACUAUAACAUGGAAUAGUAUAUGUAAUGUUUUAUUAACAUCAUUAGAAUAUUGUAAAGAAAAUUCAGAUUAUGGGAAAGUUUUUGAAGAUACUACUCAUAUUAUCGAAUUUAUAGCUUCUAUUUAUGGUAAAAAACAAAAUGGUAAACGUAUUUUAGUAUCACCUAAUUUUUUUAAUGUUGUUGAAUUAUUAUUAACAAAAAAAAGUAAUGUUAAUUUGAUUAUUGGACUUAUUGACUAUCGUACAAAAUUAAUUACUCCUACUGAUGAUGAAUGGAUUACAAAUAGUAAAAAAUUUUUUGAUAGAUUUUUUAAUAAAACAAAUAAUAUAGAAGUUCGAUUAAAAAUUAUUGACUUAUUGACAUAUACCUUUGAUAAAUAUGGAUUAUUAUAUGAAAAUGAAAUAAUUGAAAAUUUAAUUUUACCAUGUGGAAAGUUAAUUUAUGAAGAAAAUUGUAAUGAUGUUAAGCUUAAAUUAAUAAAUGUAAUAUUUAAUGUCGCUGAGAAAGUAGAAAUUAAUAAUAUAUUGUUAUCAAAUAAUGAUCUAUUUUCAAGUUUAUUUAAUAUAAUAAGAAAUAUACUAAAAGAACCAUUUAAAAAAUUAUUUGAAUUGGAUUAUGAAAAAACUAUUCUAUUAAGAAUAAAUGAAUUAGUAUAUAAAAGAUGGAGUUCUAUGAAUCUUUCUAUGAUUAACAAAAUUAUAAAUGUUCUUAAUGAACAUCUUUAUUCAUGUUACAAUGAUGAUGAGUACAGUGAUAAUAAAGGUAGAAAUUGUAGACAUAUAAUAUUCGAAUUAUUAUUAUCAAUUAUACUUAAUUUUAAUACUGGUGAAGUAGAAUUACGUUAUAAUAUAGAUGGUACAGAAAAAUUAACAACAAAUAGUUUAAUCUUAAUUGAAGACAAUGAUGAAGAUAAUUUUCAUUGGGAUAAUAUUUGUAGUUCUAUUAUUAGAGCAUUAAAAAUUGAACGUUCAUGGAUAGUUUUAAAAUUAAUUUUAAUUAAAUUACCAAUAUUACUUCUUAAUGAAAAAAUGUUAGCAAAUUUAUCAAGUGAAAAUAAAAAUUCUUUAAUACAAAAAAUUAUAGAAUAUACAAAUGUAAAUGUAGAAAAACAACUUAAUGUAACGGAUUCUGUUUUUGGAGUGUAUUAUUGUAAUGUUAUAUCAUCACUAAUAAUAUAUGAAAACCAUGAAAAUAUUUAUUGUAUAUUAAUGAAAUAUUUACGUUUAGGAGUAUCAAAUGCUCUAAAAGCAUUAAAUUCUUUAGCAUACAAUAAUCUUCCAUUUUUUGUCAAUCAUAUUGAUGAAAUACUUAUUGAAAUAAGAUCAAUGAAAAAUAUUUCAAAUGAAUUUAUAUUAUUUAUUUUGGAGUUUCUUUACGAUUCAUCUUCAAUAGCAGAGUAUAAAAAAUUUCAAAUGAAAAAAAAAAUAAAUAUUUUAAUUAAUAUUUUACUUAUUUUUAUAAAUAAUUCAAAAGACAGAAUUAUAAUCACUUUAUCAUUACAUAUAUUAAUGAGAUGGUAUUCAUUAUUUGAUCCUGAAAGUAGAAAAUAUUUCUUAAAAUAUUUUCAAGAAAAAAGUGAAAAUUUUAAAUGCAUAAUUGAGGAUGACUUAAAUGUACUUGAAAAUUAUACAGACAUCACUGAUAAUGUUAAAUCAUUACUAAAUUCAUUUUUUACAUAUUGGCUUGACUUAACAACAAAUUAUGAAGAGAUUAAUAAUGAAGAAGUAGGAAAUUGCUUACCAAAAAAAUUAAAAAUAAAAAAUUCAAAACAUUUUAUUGUUAACAAUACGAUUAUUACAUUAAAUAUUUUAACAAAAUCAAGGAUUAUGCAUAAUAUGGAAAAUAUAAAAAAUAGUGAAAAUAAAUUACAUGAAUUUAAUACUAGUGAUAAUAUAACAGAAAAAUCUUCAUUACAAAAAAAUUUAUUAACAUAUAUGAAUAAAAAUUCAUAUUUAGAAUAUGAAGAUUUAGAUACUACAUCAUCUGGAAAUAAUAAAAAAUCUAUGGAAAAAGAAACAAAAAAAAUAGAAAAAGUUACAAGUAGCAUUUUUAAUAAUUCUUCACAAAUUUUUGAAGAACCAGUAACAGAAUAUUCUCAAAUAAUUAUUCGUCAUAUUUGUGGAAAGCAAAUGUGGAUUUUAAAAAGUUAUAAUGGAAUAUCGACUGAUUUUAUAGGUGAAAUUGAUAGAAAUUUUUCAGAUCAUGAUUUAUUAAUACGUCAUUUAUAUGAAAUUCAUUCAACAAAAAAAAUUAAUGGAACAGAAAAAAUUAAUAUAUUUUUAAAUAAUUUUGAUAAAAUUAAAGUAAAAGAAGAAUCUAAUAUUAGUGUAGUUUAUAUUGGUAAUGGUGCAAUAAAUUUAUCAACUAUUUUAUCAAACGUUUAUGGUUCAUAUAGAUUUAAUGCUUUUUUCAAAAAUUUAGGAAAUUUAUGUCGUAUGAAUAAUCAAUCGAACAAGUCAAAGGAUUAUUGUGGUAAAUACUAUACAUAUCAAUCAAUUGAUACUACGUCUAUUUUAACAUAUUAUAUAAGUACAAUAAUUCCCCAUAAUGAUAAUGAUUUUGAUAACUCAUUUAAAAAAAGUUUAAUUGGAAAUAAUUGUAUAGUUGUUGUUUUUAAUGAAAGUGGUAAAUCAUAUGAAUUAGGUACUAUAAGUAAUCAAAUUGAAUGUGUUGCUAUUGAGAUCGUUCCACAAAAUUUAAAGUAUGUUUUAGUAAACACAAUUGUUAAAAAAAAUUUAACUCAUAUAAUAACACCUAUAAAAGAAUAUUUAACAGAUGAAAAAGCAGCAAUUCUUGUUAAGAAGUUGUCAAUAAGAUUAAGUUUAUGUAUUAAAAUUGUAGAAUCGAUAGAAAAUAGUAGAAAUUGUGAUGACAUAUUUAUGGGACAAGGAAUGGAAAGAUUUAAAAAAAUAGAAAAAUUUAAAAGAUUAGCUAUUAUGAAAGAAAAAGACAAAGAAAUAUCUUAA